GAGAGAAGCCGGGCUCGGCGGGCCGCGCAUACUCCUCCGCCGGGGAAUAACAUCCGCGAUAUCGAGUCGCGCGAGAAGGAACUUCGUAACACGUAACGCUCUCAGCCGACGAUCCCCCGAUCGCGGCGUAUUAUGUAAGGGGGAUGUUGCCGCCGUUGUCGUCGUUCGCUUACGGCACCCUUUCACACACGCGCUGUACUGGCCGUUGCCGUUUCUACUACUGCUACUGCUGCUGCUGCUGCUGCUGCUAUUGAAGAGAAGGAUAGAGAGAGAGAGAAAGAGAUAGAGGGAGGCAGAGAGCGAGAGAGCGAGAGAAAGAGCGGAGAGGUGCCUCUCCGACGACAUGCGAAGAGACGCGUCCGACGCGACGACGACGGACGACGAGCGAGGAUCGCAGACAGCCCCAGUGAGACACGUCGGCGACGACGAGCGACAGAAGCAUUCAUGGAACUGAAAAUCCUGCUGUGGGUUCACAUCGUGGGAAUUUGCUCGGGUCUGCGAGGAGUGCGCAUCCAGAUACCGACGGCCGUGAAGAAGGGCGACUCGGCGACGCUGAAAUGUUGGUAUGACACCGAGGGCGACCCAUUGUACACCGUCAAGUGGUAUAAAGCGAAUCGAGAGUUUUAUCGCUAUGCCCCGAACGAGAGUCCGCCCGUCAAGACUUUCCCCAUCGGAAACCUGACGGUGAAGAAAACGGAGAGCAACGCGACGCAGGUCGUGCUGACGAAGUUGGAAUUGGAGGCGGCGGGCGUGUACAGCUGCGAGGUAUCAGCCGAUGCACCUUCCUUCCACACGGCUAUAGUUUCCGCGGCGAUGAACGUCGUCGAAUUGCCCUCUGAGAUGCCGUCGAUACAGGGACUAAAGAGGAAAUACCGCGUCGACGAUCCGCUACGUUUGAACUGCACAUCCGGCCGGAGCAAACCCGCUGCGAAUCUCACUUGGUAUAUCAACGAUCGACAGCCUCUCAAACCGCACGUUCGCACGUACAGCCCGCUCGACACGAACGAAUCGGAGUGGCAGAUUUCGCAAAUCGGGCUCCAGUUCCUGGUUACGCACGAGCACUUCGUGAGCGGCAAGCUGAAGAUACGUUGCAGCGCGUCGAUAUACGACAUUUACUGGCAGAGCACCGAAGUCAGCGCCGAGGAGGAUCUGCCGCGGGUGAUACACUACGAGCCUGCCGCGACUAUGGUCGGCACCAACUACCUCCAGCCACCGCCAAAUUUUCAGACCGGCCAGAAGAAGCCCGACGGGCAGGUUGGAGUAAAAGUGCUGGGGUCCUCCACGGUGAGCCUGCGGCCGUCGGCGAGGAUCGUUUUGGAAUUGUUUGCGCUUCUUCUAAUCGUCAUUCGUUAAAGACAUAUAGU